AUGGCCACUAGUUGUGUUGGUAAAAAUCGCUGCAGUUCGCACGCGCCGGGAUGGUUAAGUACCCAGCAUCCUUCAAAGGAUGAUGGGAUAGUCAGGGGUACAGUGUGCUUCCACUGGGCUAGUAGCUGUUGUCGCUGGUCGACGAACAUACGUGUUCGUAACUGUAGCGGAUUUUAUGUGUAUGAGCUUGGACCAGUCCCGACUUGCUGGUUACGUUACUGUGGAAAUGGGGGAGGUAUGUGGCAUCUCGCAUCUCUGACGUUAUUCGAUACUAUCAUUUAGUCACAGUUUACCGUACACUUUCCAAGAGCCCCACUUAUACCCCCCCCCCCCCCCCCCCCCCCCCCCCCCCCCNAAACAAAAACAUACAUCCAGGUGCAAGCCCCCCUCCAGCUUGUGUUGAAAUGAAUUCGACUUUUUACGACGUUUUGAAGCUUAAAAAAGCGAUCAAAUUCAAAAAAAGGAUUUUGAUCAGCACUGCUAUGUAGCUUGCUUUGCAAUACUUUUUUUAUCCGGGUUAUAGAUCUCUAGAAAUGCAUUCUAAGCAGCGCUAUAAAAUUUGUAUACCUUUUCGGUCAUCCCAGGGGAACUUGAGUCCUUUCGAAAUUACAAGGACUUCAGUAUUUUUUUCCCAAAGAUUUUGGAUGCAAUUUGACGUAUUACGAAAGUGAGCAUUUCUCUGAUCCCUUUCUCCGUCACAUUUUGAAUCCGAAAAUUUUUUAAUUAGGUUUCCUUUUUUGUACGAAAAAUAGCCCAACCUGGGCAGUCAAAUGUGAAAAAUUAAACUUCAGAAAAUCGUAUUGAAUUUGUAGAAAAAGCUUUGAGAAUUGCGCAUGAAUAGAACGGCCACCUAUAAAUUUUUUGCCGUUCUCAAGAAAUAGAAAAUUCUGGGCAAUAUUUUCUUCUCCGAACAGAUAUUUUACAAAAAAAAGUCGUUGGGUGCUCCUGCCUCCCGUAUCCAAUUAAAACAAAGAGAUACGUAUGAGAGCACUAAAAAACAGGGAGUUUCUUGGUGUUGCGGAAACCAUUGUUGGUCAGGCAUCACGGUGUUGUGGGCGGUGUUGGUAUUGUUCAGUGUAGUGAUCACAGCCAUCCAAAACUACCUAAAAGUUGUGACGAUACUGAGGAGAUAAUCAUCUUUGGAUGCAAGAAAGCUUAUAGACUUUUACGAGGGAAGUGUUUUACUUUUUUCCCUUCACAGGUAAUAACACAAAUUCAAGCUCGAUUGGAUAUAUCGCCGCUCAAGGUAUGGUGUGUCCUUUUAUUAUAAACAAAUUUCGACCAUCGUAUGGUCUCGCUACGAGGAAUUAUGCCAUCCUUAUCACACCUUUUGAUUAGUGUCUGACUCGUUGGGUUAGACACAUUAUGGUUGCGCACUACGGUUUUGAGCAGCGUCAACCUGAAAUUCAUAGCUUGCGAAUACAGCCGUCUCCCCUCGCUUCUCGCCACGUCUGGUGCAGAUGUCUUUCCUGCGAAAUGUCCCUAGCCGCGAGGAGCGAGGACGGACGGCUGUAUUCGCAGGCGAUGAAAUUCCGCAUGGCAAUUUAUACCGUGCGCAGUUACGCUGGUGUCAGUGCAUUACGCAUAUGUUGAUGCUGGAAAAAUUUAGCCCUUUUCCCAGUUUUACUGCCCCUGCUCAAUCAAAUUAUCUCUAUUGUUUAACGACGUCUUGAUGUUUCUCAUGAUUAAUUCAAUACAAGCAUGAACAACAACAACUUGAAGUUCUAAAACGGCUCUAAAUGUGUUAGGAACCUGACAUUAUGAAGUAUUCUCAAAUGAGACAAUACGAAAUUAUGCAGUGACAUAUUUUCUCUGGUACUGCGUUAUUUCCAUGAGUUGUGUUAAUCAAUAAAACCUGAUAAAACAUCUCAGUUAAAACGCAAGUGUUUGAUCUCAGAUGAACAUGUUUGAUUUCAGACAAAAACCUGGUAGUAUAUUUUAUCUGAUGUUUCGUGAGGUGUCAAGAUUUAUCCAUCUGACCAAAAUGGUCGUCAUUUAUUGGCUUUUGACUUCUUGAAUAAUUAAUCAGUUUGAGAAGACAUGUUACAUGUAAACACUCGCAGUAAUGCAGGAGCUGCCAAAACUCGGGCUUCAUGCUUCAUCACGGGUUCCAAACACCUGACACAGAUGAAAGCACGAGGCCGUAGGCCGAGUGGUUUCAUCUCUAUCUCAGUGCUUGGGACCCUUGAUGAAGCACUCGCCCUCGUGUUUAAUGUAUUUCAUCAGGCCUCUAAACCAGGAACCAAUGAAAGAAAGCAGUUGAAAACCAAACUGGAGACAUUUUUAGUAUAAACUGUUCAUUGGCAUCAAUGAAAGAAAUUUGGCAGCAUUAAGCUACAAAAAAAAUGCCCUUUUGCCGUCACAAUACUUGAUGCCCAAAACAUUAAAAAAUAGAUGCCCAAAAUGAUUUUGGCAUAAUUGUGUCUAGCCCUACUCACUCCUCCCCAGUCUUCUUUCAUCAGUUGUAAGCGGGCACGAGACGGUCUCUAAAAACGGCUUUGGUAGCAGACUAGGAACGGUUGAGAGAGACCGCGAUUACGGCAUCUCAGCAAACCAUAUUCCACGCGCUUCCCUCGUUCAGUUAAGGGACAAAAAAAGCGAAUGGGGACAAGUAUCCAGCGGAUUUAAAGUAAAGACUAAAUACGUAGAUAAUAGACCACUCUCUGGAUUUUAUUUUAAUGAAAUAAUAAUUCUCUUUUCAUCAUAAAAAAGGCUUACUUUAAGAUGUUGAUCUGAGCAACUUAAACAAAGGUGUUUAUGUUACUGUUUUCAUUUGCAGCAAUGACUAAAACAGAGUCGGUAUCUACUAGUUCACUUUAUGUUUAUGGUAAGACUGGCUUGAUUUACAGCAAUCAAACUGCGUACCUUUUCCAUUGCCAUGAUGAAUAAUGUAUAUGUAGAACUUUGUCAUGUGCCAUGCCUCAGUUUAACUUGAUAAUUAGCUUAAUGUUUAGUCGAGGCAAAUGAUCUUUGUUCGGAAAUGAUCCGGCUUUGGUCUCAUACAUAAAAAUGAGCCUUAAUCCUUCAAAUAGAUUUUUUUUGUUUUGUUUUCGACUAGUUUCAGAUCAGUUGGAAGUCGAGUAGCAGGACGGGAAAGCCCGGGGUGGGGGUACUGCCAUAUAUGCAUAUAUGGGCUAUAUAGGUAUGUGCCGCUGUGAAGGGUAUGGUUUUCAAGCAGUUUACCCUAAUAAUGAAAGGGGUAUAUAAAUCAGAGUGUUUGGGUCUAGAAUAAGGUAUCAUUUUUCAGGAAAUUGAUCAGUUGGUUGAAGAUUUUAUCUAAACUAGGGAUUGUGGUAUAAGGUUUUGUUUUAUUGGCUAGACUGUGCCAGUGACCUCAGUAGUUUCUGGAAAACAGCUGCUCUAGGAUAGGGGGGAUUUAGGGAGUUUACUCUAGUAUAGGGUAGCAAAAUUCGGCUGAACUAGCUCUGGUCAAGAGACUAUAAAGGGGACAGAGAGGGCAUCCCCCAUAUACACCCUAUUCCAUAGGUAAUUCGUCUCGAGUUAUUUUUAGAAUCGAGAUAAAGUUACCUCGCGCGAGACGUGGAUGUUUCGUGAGGUUUCGCAUGACCAAACGCCGUGCAAAACAUGUCGGGCGAGAGGCAAUGAAAGCGUAAAAAGAUCGAGAGCAUUCCUGAAUAUUGAAGCGAAAUGAGUCGGCGCUCACCUGGGAAAAAGGAAUCGCUGGACUCUUUGACAACCCGUGAAAUCAGUUUAACUCGAAGUUGUCGUAACCUCAGUGCUUUAAUAAAAUGAGAAAUUUCGCCGGUCUAUUGAAACCGGUCGUUUGUACAAUUUAGGGAGUUUAAGAUCCAACGACGCGGACGACAACUAGAACGUCAAAAAAACAAUAGGUUUAAUUAGCAAAACAACAACUUCGCACGUGCAACACACUUUUUUGUUCAUUUCUUUCCCGUUUUUGCACGACUACGACGUGAAAAUGCCUAAUUUCGCGUUUUAUGGAGGACGUAAAUAAGCAACGACGAAAUUUUAUUUCUCUUUCUGAGCUUGAAUAUGGUCCCUUGAAAUUCAGCUUUAGGAGGGUUCGCCUACAAUUGACAAAGUAAGUGGGUAGGAAUAAUCGCUAUAAAGACUGAAAAAAAUAAACAUCAAACCAGAAAUUGCUCUCUUCAAACUGUAAAUUAUAAAUGAUCCUGAGAGAAUAUUCAGUGUGUUAAGGAUUUCCCUGCUCUACUGUUAGCUCUAUACAAGAGAGGAAGGGCGAUUCUUUUUUAAUUUCGGUUUCGCUGACACAGCUUUCGCAGAAAUCUCGCUGUAGUCGUUUUCGUCGACAAAAGGAAUAGCAAAAUCGCUCUCCGCGUCUUCCCCCAUUUUGUUCUGCGUCAUUUCGUGAAGGACGCGUGGCUCUCAGCGUGGGUCAUCCACGCGGAACACAUUCGCGCUAUGUGAUUGGCUGUUGUCUAAUCCCCCUUGAGAUCUGUGGUGUUAAAAAUAACUCGAGACGAAUUACCUAUGGAAUAGGGUGUAUAUGGGGGAUGCCCUCUCUGUCCCCUUUAUAGUCUCUUGCUCUGGUAUAGGUUAACGGUUCCAGGGACCCAGCGGCACAUCCCCACCCAUAAAUUCCUAAAGUACUCCCCUCACCCCCAACCCGGACGGGAAAGAUACGGAUAGGAAAUGUUCACACCCUUUGCUAAUCUUUUAAGAUCGAAUAUUUUUAUACGGAAAUUAACAUCCAAUUCGUUUUUAUGCAGCUGGCCAAAUUGCUCCAUCUUCAUCGUCUGAGUAUUAUGCACCAUCUAGUUCGUAUGCGCUUCCACCUCCUUUGGACUUCCAGUUUCAUGUGCCAGCGGAUUGUGAUCAAAUCUGCACCAACACUCAAGGCAGCUAUAGCUGUUCUUGUGUCAGUGGUUAUCGACUGUCUUCCGAUGGAAAAUCCUGUUUAGGUGAGGUCCCACUUUAAAAAUGGAAGUGCUCAAAUCAUCUGAGAUAGUUGAAAGAACCAAACCUUUCAAAGAGUUCAAAGAUACAAACCUUUGCUUACACAACUUGAAUUCACAAAAUAGUUGUCCACGAAUAAAACACUAGGUUUCUACUUCUUGUACAUUUUGGCUGGUACUUAAAUUUAACUGUCAGCUUGAAGCAUUUAUGGCUUUUUUGGUUGAGAUUUGGUUUGACAUUAAACGUACUCUUCAUAGAUAUUGACGAAUGUUCUACGAACAAUGGUGGCUGUAGCCAUCAUUGCUACAAUAUUCCUGGAUCAUUUUAUUGUGGAUGCCCGGAAGGUACAACAAUGGCCAGCAAUAAUUUGACUUGUGUUGGUAAGUUUGGUGGCGUUUCAUAACGUGCAAAUUAAUAGGCCAUUUGCAAGAUGAGAUCAUUUUACUACUACGACCAGAAUCCUUCAGGAUUUUGCUUUCUUGUGUAAAUUAGCGCUUUUGUUAAUUAAACCUCACUGGAAUUACUAAAUCUGAGUGUGAAAGGAAAAACGUAAUGGAUUUUAUUCGAAGUAGUAAAAUUGUCGCCAUGUUCAGGCCAAAUUUUUAAUUAAAAAAAGUGCAAACUAGCGUAUUCUGCGAAGAUAUUUUCUGCAACGAGAUUUAUCUUGAUGGCUUGUUCAUUUUAGAACCCGGCGUUUCAGUUGUAUGUGACGAGAACAACAUGACCAUUUCUUUGGAGAAGCAAACAUUUCCAUUUUUGAACGUCAGCAGUUUACAUCUACGUUAUGUUUCAUGCAGGUAGUGUAUAAUUUUGGUACUGAAUACUUAGAGCUCAUGAGUCGGUUUCUAAAAGGCUGAUUAGCGCUUAUCCGGGAUUAAAAUUUUUGUUCCGUAUUUUACCUUGCUAUGUAUUGCUUAGAAUAACAUUUUGUGUUAUCAUUACUCAGUACCUCGGAUCCGGAGUAAAGGCUAAUCAAUAUUUUGUAAGGUCGAGUAGCAUGUUCUUAGACGAAAAACAUGGCUUAAAAUUUGGCUAAAUCCUGGGUUAAACUUAAUCAUCUUUUAAGGAACUGGGCCAAACACUGAAUGAACCGCCACCCGCACAGUUCAGUUGGGCGAGCGCCUGUCUGCCGGGCGGCAGGUCGUUGGUUCCUUUGACCAACUACGAGAGUCUUUUAGAACACUGGUGGUAAGAUCACGCUGCCUGUGAAUAUAGUAGAUCUUGUCUCUGUUCAGAUGUUCGCGUCAUAAGAUGUGACGGUUAGCCUUGUCUCCUUCAUUCUUCUUUCAUUGAUCAAAUCAUAUUAAGGGGUCAUAAAUGACCCACACUAGUCUCAUGUUGGAAAGAAUAGAGAUUUUUUCCUGGUGGUAUGGUCAAGGUGUGGUCAACCUUCAUAUCAUGAGCUGGGUGGGUUACAGUAGAGAGCUUGAGCUACUGCGACGGCGACGGCUACGAAAACGUCGCUUAAAAAGUGAAUUCGCGCUUAUUCUAUCUCGUUUAGUUCGUCGACCGGAAGCAAGCCCCUUUCUCUUUUAAUUGCCAUAAUGCUUCCAAAUUUGUAUUGGUAAGCGUUAACAGUCUNAGAGAUUUUUUCCUGGUGGUAUGGUCAAGGUGUGGUCAACCUUCAUAUCAUGAGCUGGGUGGGUUACAGUAGAGAGCUUGAGCUACUGCGACGGCGACGGCUACGAAAACGUCGCUUAAAAAGUGAAUUCGCGCUUAUUCUAUCUCGUUUAGUUCGUCGACCGGAAGCAAGCCCCUUUCUCUUUUAAUUGCCAUAAUGCUUCCAAAUUUGUAUUGGUAAGCGUUAACAGUCUGAUAAAGACGAUUUGACCGAAACAAUUUACAAUUUGAAGAAAUAGCACAACAUUUUUCAAUUUACAAGACUUAUGCCAUCUUCAGUUGUGGAAGGUCGUUACAAUUUGAAUAUACUAAUUACAACGAUUUUAAUAAAAGCUAAAUAUGACAAAAGAACAACGAGGAGACAAAAAGAAACAGCAAAAAUAACAGCUCAGCUUUCAUGGAAAAUGACAGGUUUACAUGUUUAACCUGUUUAUUUAGAAUAGGUUUCUCCCACUCUUAGGCGUAAGGGCCGGGGGGGGGCAAGGGGGGCUGCAGUCCCCCCCAGAUUUUGGGCAACUCAGAUUUUUUGGACACCGAAAGAAAAUUUGAGCAAAGCAAGUUUUUAAAGACGUCUCCAUGGUUAUUUAAUUAUUUUAUUUUAAUUAUUUUUAUCUGUUGGCGAUAACAGAAACUUGGCUAGACUUGAAUAAUCAACAGACGGCGAACAUUAUAAAUGAACUCUGUCCUUUGGGGUUUGCGUUUAUGCAUAUUCCUCGAAUGAAUAAUUGUGGUGGUGGUGUGGGCAAAAUCACGGCCCAAAAAUGAAAACAGUCCACUUCCAGUUGACGUGCAUCGCUCAAAAACGUCUUUGUUUAAGCUUACUAAUAUGGUAUACUGACGUCCGAGCUUACUGUUAACAUACCGUAAAUCCCCUAUCAAGCUCCCUCUCUCUAAUAAGCCCCCCUACCGUCCCCCUUAUUAUUAUUAUUCACUAAUAAACGAUAGGCUGUUUUAAUCAAUCAAAACUGUAAAACUUCAUUGGGACUGAUCCAAUAUGGUUUAUUAACCAUCUGGAAGUUAGGAUUUGUUUUUGAUCUUCAGCUGCAUGACCUAGAGCUGCACAACUUCUUGUACUUGAGCUUUUCCACUUUGUAUUCUAGUUCGUUAUGGAGAACUGAUACUAAAUUAAAUAAGCACCCCUAUCUCUAUUAAGCCCUCCCCCCCCCUACCUCAAAUGUGUUUGAAAUUAAUAAGCCCCCUGGGAGCUUAAUAGAGGAUUUACGUUAAGUACGAUGAGUAUGAUCGUCCAGGUGAACGUAGUCCUGAAUUGGACUGUUGGUCAUGACACUGACUGACGUUUCGACAACCUAUGCGGUAGUCAUUUUCAGAGUUAAAGUAAGUUGUAUCAGAUUAGUUGAUGGGAUCAAAUUCUGGUUAUUGUCCUGAUUGGUGAAUUAAGUCGCGAUGUCAUUGGUCAUCUGUCAGUUAUGCCGUGAAGUUAUUGGCUAUUAAGACUCCUAAUGUCAUUGUUGCGUUUCGAUCCUUCUGUUGUCACAGUUUAAUCGUUGCGUAGCCAUAUCGUCGGUUGUCCUGUCAUUCUCUAAUGUUUCCUUGUAGUUAGUUUUGCUUGAGUCCGUCAUGAGUCAUUUUUACGGUGCAGGUAACAGUUAACUAGGAUUCAGUGAACUUUGUUUUAAGUUAGUAAACCAGUGAAUCGUUGAAAGUAGUCUGUAGAAUACGUAAUCAUGACAUGUCGCAGAGUUCCCGUCGAUUUGAUGUCUCGUCUGUAAAUGAGCAAUGUGAUUGUUGACGUCAUCAUUUCUUGUCGCUCGUUAGGCUAGCUAACAAGUCAGUUUUCAAUCCGUUUUUAUCUUCUUCAAGUUUUUCCAUGUCUGCUGUUUGUAUUUGCGCUGUUCAUUUUAAUACCCAGUCAUUACACAAAUAAACAAUACAAUAAUAAAAGCUUUAUCCAAUUCUAUGUUUACAUUUUAUUUAUUUUGUUUCUUCUUCUUGUCUUUAGAGCUACAGAGAAUUCUACACACGUCUUACUCAGCACCCCUUUAAAUUCCUGCGGAACACUGGUGAAUGAAACAAAAGACGCAUUAAUCUUCUGGAAUGAAGUCCGAGCAGAUUCUGUGAUUAUUGACAAUGUCAUCAGUCGGACACACGAUAUCAAAUUUAAAUUUUACUGCAGCUAUUCCAGAAAGAAGAUGCUAAGCAUUCAAUUUCAACCCAAGCAUAUUUUCAUUGGAUCAGAAGGUUCUUUAAUUAUGCUUUAUUAAUUUUUUUUCUUCCAACGAGAAAUAUUGAAAUUGAAAUUUUAGACACACUUUUUUCCCUCCAUUUCAGUUCAAGAACAAUUUUAAACCUUCACGUACAAGUCAUUAAGCUUACGGUCAGGAGCCGAUUACUUGGAGCCUCCAUCUCCCGUAUAAGCCCUUGGAGUCAACCCUUUCCGACGAAAAAUUAUUUAUAGAAAUAGCUUUCGCGGAAUAUUUUUCACGCCUUCUCAGUAAUAUCCAAUCAGAGCAGAGCUAUGAUCAUACGUCACACUCUGAGUCAGAGAAGCGGGAUUUGAAUUGCUGCCAACAGUGGCGGUAGCUCCCACGUGGAAGAGUUAUCUGAUGAUAGUUCUGAUCUUCUAUCGGGUUAAAAAUACCCGCUUAGAGCCUAAUAACAAAAAGAAAAAGGCGAUACACUCAUGCGACGUCUUCAAGUUUACUUGUAAUCUUGACAGUUGGCUGCAUAUCAUAAGUUUUAUCAAGAACAACCCAGUCCCGGCCCUAGACAGCGGGUAAAUAAAUAUUGAAAAAUCAAGCUCUUUAGUUACUUUACUUUACUGGUUAACUCACUUGUGCAAUGCUUUGGAGCUUUUACUAAUUCCACAAAGGACCACACUGCAUCAUUCCACAGUUAAUUUUGAAGUGAAAAGUAUGUUGUUCCAACUGUGUUACAUAUCGAACACGGACUGCAUCUUUCGCUUGUGCGGCGCCAGAGUGUAAUUGUGCGAGAUCUGAGGUCGCGAAUUAUGAACGGACUUUUAUAAGCCAAAUCAACGUGGCUGUGGAUGAAAAUGACUUUUGGUAACAUACAAUCUCAACGGCAAAUAUUUCAAGUGGGCAUAUCAAACAAAACAAACGAGAUGUUCAACAGGAAUGAGAUCGAAUUAAAAGCGAAAUUAACUGUUGUGUACCUAACAUACUGAGGGUUUCAUUCACACAAUACAACAACUGUCGAUACAGAAUCUACUGAGCCUGGUAUUUUCUCUUGCUACUAAGAAACUAAGCAACGUGUAAACAAGGAAAAUAACAGGCAGUCAUAAAAUUAAAAAAGGAGCGAGCCGAUUGGGCUAGCGACUUCAAAAGAUUAAAAUCCUUGAAUGAAAGAUAGGUUCUCAAAGGUUUCACAGCGGAAGUUAUAUGUUUCGGCAUGUCACGUCCUCCUGUAUAUUUCUUUUGCGGUUAUUUGAGGUCUACAAGUAUAUGCUGCGGCCAUGAAAUCUUGUAGCAUCUUGAGAAAUAGUGUGAUUGCCAAACAGUGUUUAAUUUCUUCCUGAGUUUGAUAAUUCUGCACUCAAAGGGUUUUUGUAGCUUUCAUGUCUUGCGGCAAUGAAAUAAUAACUUAUAUAGCACCAUCAAAAUGAAUUAAAAUCCGGACAACAUAAACCGAUACCUUUCUUCACUUCGACGUUUUGCUUCUUUAAAAGAAAUCCUACAAAAUCAUGAGAAAACAUCUUGAUUUUUGCUGUCCCAGGUUGCGGGUGGAUAAGACACAGAAGACACGACAGUUUCUACUUACAAAGGCCGCGGAAGGCGCAAAAUUGCCUCCGAUUUGCCGGUUCCAUACAGAGCUUACCGUAAGCGCUCCAAUUCCCUAUUAAAAAGUCUGGCUCUCCAACAAAGAGUUUCACUUUUUACUACUUUGAAAAGUUCCUUUUAAAUAAGGGCGAUGGAAUACAACAUUACGACCAAAAUUUAAACAUCCGAACAGUGCUACAACAGCAAAUACUACCUCGUGCGUUGCAACAAAAUAUAGCAAUAUUUUUAAGCCAGAUUACAUAUUAUUUAUAUGAACUCGAAACCAGCCUUCCUCGGUUGUAAGGGAAGGAACGGAGGCAGGAGCUACGGUGAUGGAAUAAGGAGUAAACUUGUUGGCCAAUUUCCCUCUUUCGCCGCCAUUUUUUUCUCACUACAGAAAUAUGCGGACGUCCUCGAAAACAAUAAAUUGAAAUUAACUUCGCGGGAAAGCCUGUUCUAAAAAUAAUUCUUUAUCGGAAAGGGUUGACUCAAGGGUACAGCACGUAUGGAGGCUCCAAGUAAUCGGGUCGCUUGAUCAGUCUUUUAGUCAGCUCAAUCCCCUGUAAAAGGAUAAUUUAAUUCUAUUCCGGCACCGUCAUAAGUCUACCCUGAAGUCCUCAGAUCAUUGAACUUACCUGAGACAAAACCCACGUCUUUCCCUUCACAAAGAUGAAAAUAUUCGACCGCGCCUUUAAACAACAAGAGAAUAGGGCCACGUUGACCAUGCCCAGAAAACUGUAGAUGUCCAAAGGAUUUUUGAUGGAGUUUCUAUUUCUAAACCAAAAAGAAGGCUAAUCUUAAUUAUAUUUUGCUUCCUUCUUAGCUGGAUAUGGGAAUUUCACUUUCAAAAUGGACUUUUACAAAACUGCAGCAUUUGCCACUCCCUAUACAGAGAACGACUACCCAAUAUCAGUGGCGUUGAAUGAAUAUCUUUACGUAAAGUACAGUGUGGAGUCCAGCGCCAACCUGGUAAUCAUGGCCGAAAACUGCAAAGCCACAAAAAAAGGAAGUUUCUAUUCCUGGCCUUACUAUACCAUUAUACAGAAUGGGUGAGUAUAACAUACAUUCAUGAUCUAGGCUAAAAGUCUUGCCUCAUUUUCCUCGGGGAAAAUUAAGAGGGCGAGGUAGGCUUGAAAAUUGCCUCGCGCGGAAGAGGCGAGGCGCGUGUCACAGGUUGGGGAUUUUCACGAGCGCUCACAUAUUUCGCUUAACCUAGUUACUUAACCGCUGAGGAAAAGAAGGGAAUACCCGUAGUUUAUUCCUGAAUAAGAAGAAAGGAAAACGUCUGUUCGAAUGAGUUUAUAUUUCCAUAAUUUUAUCAUCUCCAUUCACCUUGACUCUUGGGCAAGAUUUACGUCGUUUUCCCCAGGUCUUGCUGUUCCUCCAGUAUUGCCUGUAUUGCGGGCUCGAUUCCCUGAACUGCCCCUGGCCUGGUAAUCGAGCUCAUACUUGAUCAUCACUUAAAGGGCUUAUGAAGUUUGAUAUCGUAUCAUCAUUAACAACUGCUAGCUCUUAUUUACGAGAACUGUGCUUCAGCGCAGCACUAGACUAGCCUUUGCGACGGAGUUAAUUUUCAUCUUCAAGUAGAGCUUAAUCUUGAUGGGAUAAUUUUGAGAAGAGGAACGCCCAGAAACAUCCAUAGUAUAAAACUAAAACACGUUUCUGUUUUUAAACAUUACACACUAGUUGCGAGCGAGAUACAACUAUGGAGUACACGUUUAAUCCAUCAGGGAGUUCUCAGAAGUUUAAAAUUAGAACGUUCAGGUUCUUCAACGACUAUAACGUUGUUUACUUCCACUGCGAGUUGUUGGCUUGUUACAGAUACAAUUUUAAUUCCAGGUAUGUCUAUAGUCAACCCUCCCUGUUACUCCGAAGGAGCAAUACUUAAUCUGCGAACACCGAAUUGAAUGAUAUUCUUAUUCCAUUCCUGCUUUUUAUUGCAAUGCAAUAAAAUCGCAAUUUCAACUGAAAUGUUCUUGCUGUAAUUAGCAUAUGUUAAAGCUCAUAAGCAUGGUACACAGGCAACUACAUUUGCAAGGCCCUUUAAUAGCUACAAGUAAAAUGUUAAUCGAAAUAACAUAUUAGCUUGAAAAGACUGGGGAUCUCCACUCUUUAUGAUAGUUUCACGACGGUUGCUUCAGUCCUACAUGUAUUGCCGCAAGUGAGAUUUGCACCAUAUCAGAAAUGCUAACGGCUCUGGUGAUCUAAAAUCUGGAUACUCUCUAUUUACCAAUUAUUCCACGAGUGCGCCUUAGACAUGAGAUGGUAGAUGACCAACAAGCGCGAGUGGAACAAUUGUUCAGUUUAUUAAACAUCCGCAAAAUAUCGAGAAUUCUUCUCUACUAUAUUUGUAAAACCCACCAAUUUUGAGCUUGUUUUUAAUUUUGAACAGACGUGUAAAGUUGCCAUAUUUGGAGAUCGAGGUAUAAUGGCUCGUAUACAUGUAUACUAUGAUGGCUAAGCCAAUCAGAGCUCUAGAAUUGCAUUAUCCAAUGAUUCAGUUUUUAACAUUUUGCAUUAUCCCCGGCCCAGUAUCAUUAUCCCAAAAAAACCGUCUUACGAAUAAAAAAAUCGAAUUUUAGGGGUGAAUGGGCUAAACUCCAAACUAGAGCAUAGAAAAGCUCAAAUGUCGAUUUUAUCCGGGAGAUUGAUGCCGUAUCCGGGAGACCCCAGAAAAUCCUGGAGAGUUGGCACAAUAAUCAUGCAAUAUGAAAGCGGUUGAACAAAAGCAAAGUAAGACACUUUGUAAACCAAAGGUUUUGUUUACAGAUGCAGCAGGGAUUGUUUAAGUAGCAAAAGGAGAAAGAAACGGGACGCAGUUGAGGAGGAAAGUACAAGCAGACAUAUUCUCUCCAGCGGCCCAAUUAUCAUCAAGAAGACGGGGACGAAGAUAGAAAAACGUGACGCAGAAGGUAGGCCGCACAGAUAACUGAGGGCGUGCUCGAUGGACCGUAUCCUGGACUAAGAACUGAAUGGAAUAGACUCUAGAGAUCACUUAUUUUGGCUUUCAUUGCAUUCUUAAUUAAAUAGGAUUUGAUAGAUUGUGCUCGGAAAAGUAACUGUGCUCGUAUAUUUCUAAAAUUAUGCCAAUAAUUAUGCUAGUUUUUGUAAAUUAUGCACUUUUUUGCAAAGUAUGCAGAAAUUAUGCCUCGAUUUUUUAACUUUUAAUUUGUUAAAAAAUACCCUAAUAACUAUGCAACAAACAAGUAAAAGGUAAACACAUUUACUUUCUUUACACCCAGAAACAUCACGAGAUACAUAACUCAUUUUCUAAAAACUAUUAAAAGUCCCAAACCAGUCCUAGGGGAGUUGAACACUUUUCUGUUUUGUCGCAGGAAUUUGCAUAAUUGCUGGCCACUUCAGUGAAUACAUACACACUCUAUAUCCGUCUUUCACUUAUAAUAGCUUUCCCUUCUCUUUCCUGUUACCUUAAGACUUGUCUAACUAUGGAGGUUUAUUUUUUUCCUUUGUGAUAGAUACUGGGAAAAGCCAACAAACUGCUUUGAUUGGUGGUGCAGCGGCCGUGGGGGGACUGGCCCUGAUUGCUAUAAUAGCCUUGGCUGUUUUAGCUGCUAAAUACCGCAUUGCGCGAAUAUUCAUGAACAGGAACAAGGUCGGAGACUUGUACACUACCCAAGAUGAACAGAUGAGUCGACGAAAUGCCUACAUCCAAGAAGAUGACAUGAUCGAAAAGGAAGACUCCUUUUAAAUUGCAUCCUUACGUUGAACACUUAUCUCGUACCCAGAUCCCUUGUCGACAAGACAUCUGGGUACGAGAUUAGUUGAGCACAUAACAAGUCCCGGGGAACUCCCAUAUAAACGUGACGGGGGUGCUCGUCGCAAAAUUAAAAUUAAACCUCUAAGUGAGAUUAAUGUGGCUGUGGCUAAAAAUUAAACUGGCCCCUAAUGGAGACCAUGCUGAAAAUGAUACCUGAAUGGGCAAAUAUGGUGACUUUCCGUCCCAAAAACCCGAAGCGAGACCUAACGCUACAAUUUAAAUCCCUUAGUAAGCGAGACGGCAAGGAUCCCCGUUACUUUCAUAAUUAUAAUCCCUCCCGGGCAUAAGUGAUGCAAUAGUAGAUAAAAAUGAUUCUUUGAUUCUUGUUUUCAGAAGACAAUAGCGCAUAGUCAACUAAUUAACUUCCUUCAGAAUACGAUUAACAUAAGGAGAAGAGCUAAGUGUCCCCAAAUUACGCGGACAUAUCCAUACAAGAGAUCGAGGCAAGAGUUUUAAGAAGCCGCUUUUUAUUAUACUACUUAUACUCGAACCUUGACAAAUGGCUGUCUGUACCACAGCUCUAGAUAUCAUGUGGACACAGUGGAGGUUCUGCUAUGAUCACUGAGUUCAUAUUUAUAGUGUAGUAGGUUUUAAGAUCGGGGUAGGAUGCAGUUGAAUCCGGAGUCAGAACUUAUAUUGCAGCUUAAGUCAAGUUCAUAGUUUUAUUUACUUAUAUUUACUUAAGCUGUUGUUUUAUGACGCUCUUUAAAGUUUUACCUUACUCAAUGGAUGCCUGGCCUGGGAAAAACAGGAACUCCCCAGCAAAUAAAGCCAUUUAGCGUGCCAAACCCAAGCAGCUACAACCACUACACCGUAAGAAAAUGCGUUUUCUUUCGCAAUGCAUGCUGAUCGCUCCCCAGUAUGGCUGAAAGUGUAACAAGCGUAAGCACCAAUAGGAACCUUCAGUGUGAAGUAGAUAGUUUCCAUUUUCUUUCCGCGAGGUCUUGUGUCGUUAUUUGACACUGUUAAGAUCUCUCAAGAGAUGGGAAACGGGAUAGAGAGAAACUUUUAGGGCGUCAACCAGGAUGUGCAAAUUUUACUCAAGUUAUUUUUAGUGGGUUUGAAACGCCAUCAAGGCCUUGCGCAACUACCUCAAGCAAACAAUGCAGAAUGUUGUAAUGGCGACUGUUCAGUUCUCUCGACAACAUUGAAAAAAGGUUUGCGGACCUCUCCGGAAACCAAUUUCCGAUUUCUUCAAAACGUUUAAUCGGUCUAAGAAUAGCUUUGGUGAAAUUCACCUAUCGCGGGCUUGACUGGGCGUUUCCCGCUCUGUUCCAUUAUUCUCUCUCGUGCAUCUAUGUUACUUUUAUAAAACCUAAACGUUUUCAUUACUGACUUUUAGUAACUGCGUGUAAACUGUCUCUAGGAAAUGUUUAUCAAGUGCAGUGUAAUAGUUUUUAAUUAGACGCCUGUAUUCAUGCUAUUUGAUCAGCGGUCAUUAUUUUCAUUGCUUCGUCGGCCGGGCGUGGCCAGCGGUAGUAGUAAGAUUCCAGUAGCGCAUAAGAGCCUUGAAAAGCCAAUAAAAUGUUUUUUGUAUCAUUGCUUAUCUACAUUUUUUGGUACUAAGUGUGAUAACCCAGGCAGGUUCGUUUAGGACUUCGUCGCUCAAGAUAUCUGCACAGGGGGAUGCAAAUUCUGUGACCGUACGCUUUGGGACGAACGGGAGUAUCGAAAAACUUCACAUAAUCGUUACAUACAUGUACUGCCACGAAUGCUCACAUACAGACCAAUAUAAUCGUUUUUUAUCUGUAAUGUUGUGUAUUGUCGUUCUUGCAGCUGAAAACGGGGAAUUUUUAACGAGCGAUUUGAAAGGUGUACGUUCGACCCUUAGCUAAACGAAAAAACAAAGCAUUUCUUUACGUGAAGUACAGUGUGGAGUCAAGCGCUAGCAAUCAGCUAGUGAUAAUGGCCGAAAACUGCAAAGCCACAAGAUAUGCAAGUUUCUACUCUUGGCCUUAUUAUACCAUUAUACAGAAUGGGUGAGUGUAACAUAUGUCUAGGAUUUAGGUUUCAAGUAUUCCCUCAUUUUCCACAGGGGAAGUUGAGCGAGCGAAAUACGAGAGUCCUUGUGAAAUUGCCACGCGCGGGAGAAGCGAGACACGUUGCACCUGUCUUGCGGUUGGUGAUUUUGACGCGCUCUCGCAUAUUUCGCUCGCUCUUAUCGUCACUAAGGAAGUACCUGUGGUCUAUUUCCGUAUCGUCUUCGUGUUGAUCCUUACGCAUGAUGUACGUCGUUUUUCCUUGUAUUUGAUCCCCAAUGAUUGCGGGCCGCAUUUUCCUGAACAGCGACAGGAAAUCGAACCUCCUUAAUCGUUUACAGGGCUCAGAAGUUUGAUAUCAUCAUAGAAGCGACGACCGGAAAUACGUCUGCGCUUCGCAGGCUACAUUCGCAACUGCUAUAGUAACAAAAAUUGUGCUUCAGCGCUGAACUAGACUAGCCUUUGCGACGGAGUUAAUCUUCAUCGUUGUUUAUACUCUUGAUGGGGGGAUAAGUUUGAGCGGAUGAACCCCCAGAAAAAUCCAUAGCAUUAAAACUAAAAUACAUUAAUUUAUUUUUUAUUUACAUUUUACACUAGUUGCGAGCGAGAUACAACUAUGAAGUACACGUAUAAUCCAUUAGCGAGCUCCCAGAAGCUUAAAAUUAGAUCGUUCAGGUUCUUUAACGACUAUGACGUUGUUUACUUUCACUGCGAGUUGUUGGCUUGUUACAAAGGCAAUUCUAAUUCCAGGUAAGUCUAUUGUAAACCCUCCAUGUUACACCGAAGAAGAGGCAGUUCUAAACCGCAGAAAACCGAAUAAAACUCUACCGUAAUUCCAUUCUUGUUUUUUAUUGCAAUGUUCUGGCUGUAUUUAGCAUCUUAGAGGUCAUAAGCUUGGUAAACAGGCAACUGUAAUGACAAGACCCUUAUUACCAAGAAGUUAUAAAAUAGAACGAACGAACAUAUCUUAAAAAGACACGGGGCGCUUACCAUUUACAAAAACCACCCAAGUGGAAAUCUUGUGCAUAAACAUAAAACUAUAAAACUUGACGUGGUGGGAGAACUACCCGCUACAAAGUAAAUCAAAAUCAACUGAACUGACUUAAAAGAGUAGAAAAAUUGCAUCGCCUCAAAUCACAGCCCACAUUUUCUGAAGGUUUUCAAACGGAAUGGCGCGAAUUGACCAUUUCAUUUUCCAACCAGAAUUUUCGGUUUUCCCAUAAAAAUGGUAAGUACCCAGGAUCUCCACUCUCUAAAGGACGGAUAGUUUCAUGGUAGCAAAAUUUCGGGAGACAAAUUAGAUGUAUAAUGGAAGAUGUACAAGUGGCGAGUAUGCGUAGAUAUGACUGAAGCUGAAAAAAAAAUUCGAUGAUUUAUAAACCGAAGGUUUUUGUUUAUAGAUGCAGCAGGGGUUGUUUGAGCAGCAAAAGAAGAAAGAGACGAGGCGCAGUUGAUGACGAAAUAGAACACGAGGAAAGUACUAGCACACAUAUUCUCUCCAGCGGCCCAAUAAUGAUCAAGGAGACGGAGACGGAGAAGGAAGAACGUGAUGAAGGAGGUAUGACGUAUGGACAACUAAAUAUGCUGACAGUAGUUUUAAGUGAAAGGAGAGAGGGUUGCCAACAAAUUCCAAAUUCAAAGUUUCCCACUAGCCCACUUUAUAGUUACAGGUGGAAACGAGGCUGGAGGUGACAGUCAGGAGUGCCUUUUUUGUAUCAAAACAAGUUAAGGUCAAGCUCACGUUUACUCAAAGGCUAGGAUGCUAAGCGCAAAACCUGUAAAUUGGCAGGAGCCCAUAACCCAGAGCGACUUAAAAGAUGUUCUAUAAUUCGCACCAAAAUCAUUCUAAAAAUAAACUUAUCGGUAAAAACGCCAUGACACCAGGAUAUGGACUUCUGUUGGCCAAGUGCCAAGUGGAGGUAGGCUGCGGUUGCUUGUUACGUUUCUCUUUUAUGAACAGAAACUGUAGGCCGCAAGGAUUAAUAAAAGCUAAGCAUACAGAGAAAAUAAACGGUCAUUAUUCUUGGAACAUAUCUUUAGAAGAAGCAUUUGAGAUUUGCCGGAGCUCGUUCUCAGAAGAACACAAAACUUAACCAUAAUUGACCAGGAGAAACAUAAGAUCGAACAAAUUUACAUUUGGAACCCUAUGACUACAUGAUUUGCUACGUUAACACUUAUUUACAUCAUCAGUAUGGAAUUUUUGUCGCUGAGGCGCAGACGUCCCUCCUGUCGAAACGACCUUAGCGGCGGGGAGCGAGGAGAGGCGGCUGUUUUCCCUACUUGUCUGUUUUAUCACAGAAAAUUUGGAAUCAGCAUACGUUUCUGGGAAUCUGCCCACCUACCCCUCCCCUAAACCAACAUUUUGCCUUAAGUGAGAAUUAAGUGUUAAUGUUUGUUAAGGGGAGGGGUAGGCGGGAAUGUGCAUAGCUGCUACGCUUUAUAGUUUUUUCCUUCUCUUUCAUAUUGGUUUUAGACUUAUCUACUAAUCGAAGUUUAUUUUUUCCUUUGUGGUAGAUACUGGAAAAAGCCAACAAACUGCUUUGAUUGGUGGUGCAGCGGCCGCGGGAGGACUGUCCCUAAUUGUUAUCAUAGCCUUGGCUGUUUUAGCCGUUAAGUACCGCAUUGCACGAAGAUUCAUGAACAGGAACAAGGUCGGAGACUUGUACACUACCCAAGAUGAACAGAUGAGCCGAAGAAAUGCCUACAUCCAAGAGGACGACAUGAUCGAAAGGGAAGACUCCUUCUAA